AAUAUAAAUAAAUAGUGAGCAAGGUCGGCCUCCGUCCCGUCCUCCCGUCCGGAUCCAUCCACCCAACACCACCAAAUCCAAAUCCAUGGGGGUCGCCUCUCCCUCGCCGCCGCCGCCCGCCGCCAACCAAGCUCGGCCGCCGGAUCCACCAACCCCCACCCCACCCCCUCCUCCUGUUCCAACCCUUACCCCAACAGGAGGAGGAGGAGGCAUGGCGGUCGCCCCACCUUCGUCGCCGCCUCCCGCUGCCGCCGCCGCCGGCAGCCCGAACCCUACCUCCACCGAGGGCCAAGGAAAGAUGGUGGUCGCCUCUCCUUCCACGGCGCCGCCGACCGCCGACGCCGACGCCGACGCCGACGGCAGCCCGCACCCGACCUACCCCGAGAUGAUUAAGCAGGCGCUGACGGAGCUGGGAGGCACCUCCGGCCGCAUCGCCAUCGCCGCUUUCAUCCUCGGCCGCUUCAAGGAGGGCCUCCCCGCCGCCCACGACAAGCUCCUCAAGGUCCACCUCCGCCGCCUCGUCUCCCAAGGCGUCGUCCGCGGCUACGGAUCAGAAGCCAGAGCUUGCUACGUCUUCCCCGCCUCCAACACCAAAAGCCGCGGCCGGCCCCGCAAGUCGUCGUCCCGUCUCCUCCUCACCGCGUCGCCGACCCUGCCCCUCCCCCUCCCUGCGCCGCCCACCAACGAGGACGACCAAAAUUUGGAUCUCAGUUUGGAUACAUCUUCUGGAGGAUUACGGAGCAGACGUGGCCGGCCCCUCUUUCCGGCACUCCCUGCGCCCAAGAAUUUGUCGGAUCUCAGUUUGGUUCCUCAAUCUGGAGGGUCACAGAUUAGCAGUGAUGAUGAUGAUGAUUACUCCACUUCCAGUGAUGAUGAUGAUGAUGAAGAUGAUGAAGAAGAUGACUACAGCAGUGGUGAUGACAACGAUGAUGAAUACACUCCUGCCCGUGCAUAUGCUUUGAUCGUCCAUGGAGCAAAGCGCGGACGCCCACGCAAGCGCAAGCGCAAGAGGGGGCCAGGCCGUCCUCGUAAGCUUCUGCUGUCCGCGAAUUCCUCAGUCACCAAGAAAGGCCGUGGGAGGCCAAGGAAGAAGCAGAAACUUGGCUCCUCACUGGCUGCUUUUCAGAAUGGAACCCCAGGAGGUGGUUUCUCGACGCCCAAGAGAGGGCGUGGGAGGCCGCGAAAGGAUGCACAAGGGCUGUCAACACGUGUCAAGAGAGGCCGUGGGAGACCAAGAAAGGAUGCACAAGGGCUGUCAACCGGUGUCAAGAAAGGCCGUGGCAGACCCAGAAAGGAGUCAGAAGGAAUGUCAACGGGUGUCAAGAGUGGCCGUGGGAGGCCGAGAAAGGAGCCAGAAGAUGGUGUCCCAGAAGCAGACUCUUCUGAAACUGAAUCAGACGCAGAGUCAGACUCUUCUCUAACUGGGUCAGACACUGAGUCAGGCUCUCCAGAUGUGUCGAGGUGGUUGAAGGAAGGGUUUGGGAAUCCAACAACAAUAGCGACGCCGCCAGCAGCAGUUAGGCCUGCGUCCAGGGGGCUCAAUAUAGGGUCUCUGAGGCCAACAAUAGAGAGGCCACCAGCAGCAGCAAGCUCCCCUGGAACUCUUGUUUACUCUGCUGCGUCCACGGGAAUGAAGAAACCGCUUGGGAGGCCAAGAAAGAAGGGAUCAUCAAAAGCGCCUGCUGAGGCUGGAGGUGGUGCGUCCACGGGGAUCAAGAAACCGCGUGGGAGACCGAGAAAGGAGAGACCACCACAAGCAAUGUCUGCUGAAGCUGGAGAUGCAGCAGCACCUGCUCCUGAAACUGGAAAUGCGACGCUUGCUUCUGAAACUGGAGAUGCAGCAGCGCCUGCUCCUGAAGCUGGAGAUGCACCGCCUGCUCUUGAAACCGGAGAUGCAACUCCUGCUCCUGAAGCUGGAGAUGCAGUGCCUACCCCUGAAACUGGAGGUGUGGCCCCUGCUUCUGAAACUAGAGAUGCAGCAGUAUCUGCUCCUGAAGCUGGAGAUGCAUCGCCUGCUCCUGAUGAAAAUGCAGCAGCAACGCCUGCCAAAACUGGAGAUGGUGCGUCGGCGGGGAUCAAGAGGCCGCGUGGGAGGCCGAGAAAGGAGAGACCGCCAGCACCAACGUCUACAGAAACUGGAGAUGCAGCGCCUGAUGAAAAUGGAGCAGCAACGCCUGCUGAAGCUGGAGAUGCUGCUUCAACCGGAUUCAAGAAACCGCGUGGGAGGCCGAGAAAGGAGAAACAACCUGCAUCAAUCUCUGCUGAAACUGGAGAUGCAACCCCUGCUGGGACUGGUGAUGCUGAAACUGGAGAUGUAACCCCUACUGAAACUGGAGGAGCAACGCCUGCUGAAGGUGGAAAUGCUGCAUCGACAGGGAUCAAGAGACCGCUUGGAAGGCCUAGAAAGGUGAAGAAGCUUGGGAGGCCAAGAAAGGAGAAGCCAGAAGAAGCAGCAAUGUCUGGUGAAACUGGAGAUGAUGCUGGAGAUGCAAGGUCUGCUGAAACUGGAGCAGCAACGCCCGGUGAAAAAGCUGGAGAUUCUGCGUCGGCGGGGGUCAAGAGAGGGCGUGGGAGGCCAAGAAAGGAGAGGCCAGAGGAAGCGAUUUCUGCUGAAAGUGGAGAUGCCGAAACAGAAACAGAAAGGAAGAAGGCAAAAGUAGCAAGGUCAGCUGGAGAUGGUGGGAUCAAGAGAGGGCUCGGGAGGCCGAGAAAGAUCAAGCGCGGGAGGCCCAAAAAGGAGAAGCCAGCAUCAGACGACGCCAUGUCAACGGGAAUCAAGGGACCGCUCGAGUCCCCAAGAUCAUACUAUGCAUUAUCUGCUGGAACUGGAAAAGCCGUGUCAAUGGGAAGCAAGAUUGCGCUGGAGAGCCCAAGGACGGCGGAGAAGCCGUCGGCAGGCGACAUCGUGUCGAUGGUGAUGAGGAGAAGGCGUGCGAUGCCCAGGAGCAGCGACCAGCCCUCUGAAGCUGGGCGCGUGAAAUCCUCUGGCGGGAUUUUUGGAUACGUGCGAGAAUCCAGUGGUAAACAAGAGAAGGAGGGCAGUCUGGCAUCAUCAGGGGAGGGGGAGAAAACACCACAGGCCAAGGAAGGUGUGGUGGCUGCUUUGGGUGGCGGUGAGGAAACUGGGCUUACUGCAGAUGCGCCGGUUUCUGCAGAGAAGGCAAUAGCGGGUGAUGCCGCUGUCGUUGAGGGAACUGGAGGUGUGACUGAAGCUUCUUCUGAUAAGCUGGGUUCUUGUGCCACUUCAGAGAAGUCAACGAGUGGUCCUCGGCAUGUGGAGGCUGUUGGAGGCGCGACAGAAUCUUCAUCUAAUAAGCUGGGGCGUGCAGGUGCAGUAGCAGAGAAUGCAGAAGCAGAGAAUGUGGAGAAGGUUGAAUCUGAUAAGAAGCCUCGUGUGGAGGGGGAGGGGGAGGGUGGAGAAGACAAGCUGGGAUCUGCAGAAAGAUGUGUGGUUAGUUGAGCAGAGCUGAGCUGAGCGCAAGGAAGGUGUGAUUUUCUGGACUGGACUGGACUGGAGCGCAAGGAAGAAGAAGAAGAAGAAGAAGGAAGAAUUAUAAUUAAAUUAUUAAUAAUAUGUAUGGUAACUGUAAUAGUUAGUGUUAAGUAAGUAGUUGGUCCCUCUGCUCUGCUCUGAGAACUAAGUAAUUUAAUUAUGGUUGGUUGGAUUAUUAUUUACUGUAUGCAUCAUGCAUUAUGGGAGGGGAGGGGAGGGGAUUCAUUCCUUGAGUCUCAACUUGAACUGAACUGAAGUGGGUGUGUUUUUGUUGCUAAAUGACUAUGAUGUCUGUCUGUCUGUCUGUCCUUGAGAGAGAGGGAGAUAGAGAUUUGAAAUGAAUUGCAUUAUUUGUAUUGCAAGUUUGAA